ACUUCUCCUGCAACAUUAAUAACACUCCAUCAGUAUCUUCUUCGUCACCAUUCUUACCUGAACCCCACAUGGAAGAAUCAAGCAACUACAAGAGCACUUACAGAGGUGUUCGCAAGCGGAAGUGGGGGAAGUGGGUCUCCGAGAUCCGCGAGCCCGGGAAGAAGACCCGGAUUUGGCUCGGCAGCUUCGAGACCCCCGAGAUGGCCGCCACGGCCUACGACGUCGCGGCGCUGCACCUGAGGGGGCGUGGCACGCGCCUCAACUUUCCCGAACUAGCCGACACCCUCCCCAGGCCGGCCAGCUCCAGCGCCGAGGACAUCCGCCUCGCCGCGCACCAGGCUGCUGCACGACUCAAGCCGCCGUCUUCAACGUCUGAGACGGGCAGCAGCGGCGGCCGUUCUGGGUUCAGCUCGGCUCCACCGCCUAUCACUGUCGGACUGUCCCCGAGCCAAAUCCAGGCCAUUAACGACUCGCCGCUGGACUCGCCGACCAUGUGGCCGGAGCUGGGCGGAGCUCUCAUCUCGGAGGAGUCUCAUAUGUUCUUUAGCAACGAUUUUGAUCAGACGAGCGAGUGGGAGGAUGUGCAAGAUGACUACCUCUGGAAUGGUUAGGUGAAAAUUGAUGGUAUUAAUUCCAAAUACUAAUUAAUAAUUAAUAUGACCAAACAAUGCCCAUACUAAAUACAUUAUAAUUUAUAUAUAUAUUUUAGUGUAGCGAAUUUUAAAAAAAUAGGAGCUGCACAUGCAUUUUUAAUUAUAUGAUUAAAAGAUUGCCAGUGCUUUAAUUAGUGAGUGUUUUAAGUAAAGUUUCACAGAAUGGAAUGGAACAUUGUGGAAGUGAAGUGAAAAUUAAAGUAAAUUUAAUUUUAUUAAAUUUGAUUUCAUCAUUUCAUUCUUAAGUAAAAUAGUAUACAAAAUAUAUACUUGUAAGGUAUGUAGUUAGGGUGUGUUGAUGGAGGGGCUCGAUGAGAAAGUUUCGGAAGAUUUUUGAACUGCGAAAGGCUUCAAUUCGUAUUUGCCAUGCGGCAAAUUUAGAAUAUUUGGAGGGCAAAUUCUUUUUAUGAAAAAUUAAUGCUCAGUGUACUCCAGGGCAAUGUGGAAACUAGAGAGAGUCUUAAUUUGUAUAUUAAUUUGGGAGUGUCUUCGUUUUGUGUAACCUAAUGUGCCUUGUUUCUCCGGGUAAUGUAAUGAUUGGAUUUGUCAAUUAU